AGGCUAUAUCUCCGCGAUUUUUCGUCAAAUAGCAGAAGGGAGUUCCAUCAGCCAACUCGUCACACUUGAGGACAGAAGGAAAAGCCGUUUUCCAGGCGUGAUCGCUCCCUGCUCAGUAACACGGCGAGGGGCGGCAUCUCUUCAGUGUGUCUUCGGAUGAUGCAGUGAGGCGGUGAGGUGGCGGUGACGGAGACGGCGAGACGCACAGCCGGCCAGUGAGGAUGCGCCCCCUGCCGCUGCCCCUGCCCCUGCCCCUGGUGCUGGCGCUGCUGGCGGCGCUGUUGGCGGUGAGCGGCGCGCGCCGCCGGCCCGACGACCUGUUCGCGCAGCAGCGGCGCUCGCGCGCCCACGGCGGGCCGCAGCCCCCGCACAAGGAGCGCCGCCCCAACAUCAUACUCUUCCUCACCGACGACCAGGACGUAGAGCUCGGCUCUCUGAACUUCAUGCCGCGCACGCUGCGCCUGCUGCGCGACGGCGGCGCCGAGUUCCGGCACGCGUACGUGACGACGCCCAUGUGCUGCCCGUCGCGCUCCAGCCUGCUGACCGGCAUGUACGUGCACAACCACCACGUCUACACCAACAACGACAACUGCUCGUCGCCGCAGUGGCAGGCCAGCCACGAGACGCGCUCCUUCGCCACCUACCUCUCCAACGCCGGCUACCGCACAGGGUACUUCGGCAAGUACCUGAACAAGUACAACGGCAGCUACAUCCCGCCGGGCUGGCGCGAGUGGGCGGGCCUCAUCAUGAACUCGCGCUACUACAACUACUCCAUCAACCUCAACGGCAAGCGCAUCAAGCACGGCGACGACUACCACAAGGACUACUACCCGGACCUGAUCGCCAACGACUCGGUGGCGUUCCUGCGGCAGAGCAAGCAGUACUUCUCGCGCAAGCCCGUCAUGCUGGUGCUCAGCUUCCCCGCGCCGCACGGGCCAGAGGAUUCGGCGCCGCAGUUCUCGCACCUCUUCUUCAACGUCACCACCCACCACACGCCGGCCUACGACUACGCGCCCAACCCGGACAAGCAGUGGAUCCUGCGGGUGACGCCGCACAUGCAGCCCAUACACCGGCGCUUCACCGACAUGCUCAUGACCAAGCGGCUGCAGACGCUGCAGAGCGUCGACGAGGCCGUCGACAAGAUCUACCAAGAGCUGAAGGCACUGGGUGAAUUGGACAACACUUACCUGGUGUAUACAUCGGAUCAUGGCUACCAUCUGGGCCAGUUCGGGCUUGUCAAGGGCAAGUCGUUCCCAUUCGAGUUUGACGUUCGUGUGCCAUUCCUGGUGAGAGGCCCUGGCGUGCAGCCAGGCACAGUGAUUGAUGAUAUUGUUUUGAAUUUGGACUUGGCACCAACAUUCCUUGACAUAGCAGGUGUUGAGACACCGUCACACAUGGAUGGAAGAUCUUUUCUGAGGCUACUUCACAGAGGACCAAAACACAGCAAGGCAUCUGGUGCAAGAAGAAGAUUUAAAUGGCCAGACACAUUCCUAAUAGAAAGUAGUGGGAGGCGAGAAAUACCAGAAGCUGCACGUCAAGAAGACACUCUCAGUACAACAGAUGCAAUAAGAAUCUUCAGCCAUACAACAGAGAUGCCUACUUUGCCACCUGUCUUGAGCAGUGAAGUAGACGAUUUCUUGGUCAACAAUUCAGCAAAUGUGCUACCACUUUCUCAUGAAAGCAGCUUACUGGAAGAACUUCCGAUACUAGCAAGACCAGAUUUGCAGUCUGACAACAGAAUUGUGCCAGUGGUUGGAAACAGUAAAAUAGAACGACUUGCUCUGGAAUGCCAGAGACCUGAAAUGCAAGCCCCAUGUCACCUUGGACAGAAGUGGCACUGCACUGCAGAUGGUAACAGGUGGCGAAAGCACAAAUGCAAGUUUCAGACCUCCCUGGCUCCAAGACUUCCUGGGAAGAAGUGUACAUGUUUCACAGAUUCAGGACAUAUGUUUACACACAUUGAAAGUGAUGACAGACGAGGCCAACGUCAAUUUACCCGUGCACAGCUGGUCAGAGAUAUGAAGACAAAGAUGUUACCACCAGUACGCCAACGAAGACGUGUUGCUCCAGAACUUCGGCAUCAGUUGAUUCUAAAUGCUGUUGAUUCUGAUACUCUGAACAGCCUCUUAGCACAGUAUCACACGCAUACCCGUAGGAAACGUGACACUGCUGACACACUUACUGAUAUCAUGGCCGAUAUAGAGGAUGAAAUUUCUACUUUAAAGGAAUCACAAGGCAACAAUGAUAAUUCACAUCAAGAUUUUUAUCCUGGAGGUUGUGUUAGGACAUCAAAUGGUAGUGUCAACUGUACAAAUGCUGUCUAUGAGGAUCCACGCGCAUGGCGCUCAUCUCGUAAGAGUAUAGAAGAACGAAUCAGAGAGCUCAAGCAAGAACUCAGUGUGCUAAAGGAUAUUAGGCGCCACUUGCGAGAAAAACGACCACCACAGCCUUCGUAUGAUGUCAGUAAUGAGGAUGAGGAUGACAGUGAGACUCAGACCAAAGAGGAUACUACCACAGAGAAGGAUGAUAAUGAUUAUGGAUUGCCAGCCAUUCAUAUUCAAUACGGGGAAGGUGCAAGUGUAAAGAAAGAAAACAACAACAGUAAACCUGCAGCAAGGCACAAACAUCACCAUGGACGAGGCAAGAAAAAACAGAAGCCAGUAACAGAGGUCUCUACUCUAAAAUCACCUGCAGAACAUAACAUAGAGUCUGAGAGUGGUUCAGAAAGUGAGUCUCCUGGUGAAUCACCAUUUGAUGAAAAUUUAUUUGAUGAGAAUGUUAAAGAAAAUGAAAAUUCUCCAGGCAUAUCACCCAACACACUCACGACUCACAGUCAUGAAUCAGCAGAGUUAAAUUUUACAUCUGAGAAGUUUAAUACUAUAUCUCAGUUUGCAUUUGACCUGUCAUCACACAGAGAUGUUGAAAACAGGUCAAUACCAGCUUUACCAGAAGCUGAAAUUCCAUCACCUACAAAAGUUGAUAACCCUUAUAAGACUGACACUGUGGUUAAUAAUUCCACUGGAAAGAAUGUAAGCACAACAAAGAGUACAGCAAGUGCUGGACGUAGUAAUACUCCAAUUUCUCGCCCUUCCCAGUCAAGACAUCAAGUAUUCAGUGGCAGACCAACAUAUGUUAUGACACAUAACAAGGAAAAGCACAAAUGUUUCUGUGAACCCGAAGGAACAAUGACCCGCAGAGAAGAAAAGGAAAUUUUGAAAGAAGCAAGACGUAAGAUUAAAGAAGAACGACUUCGUAAGAAGGAACGCAAGAUCAGGAAGAAAGCAAAGCUCAUAAAGGAAUGCCUCUCGGAAAAAAUGAAUUGCUUUAAUCAUGAUAAUGAUCACUGGAAGACAGCACCUUUAUGGAAUGAUGGACCAUUUUGCUUCUGUAUGAAUGCAAACAACAAUACAUAUGCGUGCCUAAGAACCAUUAACGCAACUCACAACUUCCUGUACUGUGAGUUUGUGACAGGGCUGAUAACAUUCUACAAUUUGAGAAUAGAUCCAUUUCAACAGUGGAAUCGAGUCCAUUCUCUCAACACUUCUGAGCUGUCAUAUCUGCAUGACCAGCUGGAAAAGCUGAAGGGUUGUCGUGGUAGUGCACAGUGCACUGUUGGGAAUGCAGCUGCUGAUGCGCAGCUUUACAGGAGGCACAAGCAUGUACACUUUCAAGAUCCCAGUCUAGAUAGGCCAUCAGCUAAGCACAUCAUCAGUGAGUCAGUUCUCAUGCUAACUCCAAAUAAACAGAGGAAGAAGUUAUCAAAACCAUGGAACAGACGUAAGACAUGGCAGAAUGAAUGGAGCCACACACCGAGGCAACGCAGGAGAAGGUACCGUCAGUAUUACCAGCAGCAGUGAGGCACGUGCUAAGCACAUGAAAAAAUAAUGUACCACAUCUCCCAAUUCUCUCUAUUUUCCUACUUGACUGCAAACUGUAUUUCACAUGAGCAAUUUUUAAAAAAAAUUAGAGUAGACAAUUUAUUAAUUAUUGAGCUUAUAGAAUUUAUAUAAAAGACUGAGGUGAAAUGCACACUGAAGAGGAAAAUAACUGCAGUCUUCUUAUACUGUCAUGUAAAUAUAGGAACACUGUAAAACUGUCAUUUUUAAGAUUAAUGUUUUUUUUCUACAUUAUUUGAUAUGAAGAAAAUACGGAGCAGUACUAUGGAGUAUUAUUCAGUAUAGAAACAUGCACAUUUAUAUUCGGCAGUAUGGAAUGCCAACUUUGCUAUGUAAAUGGAUUAUAAAUAUUUGUGACCUGUUUGCCAAGUUUCGAACUAUCCUUGCUAUGUUUUGAAGAGAAAACCACAGUAACUAGUGACUACUGCUAUAUUUGAACACAUUAAAUCACAAAACAUUCGAAAUCUGUCUUUUGUUGCACAUAAAAGAGUGCUGAAAUGAAUAAAGCUGACUGAAGAACUUCAUCCCAUUGUUUCGUAUGUGCUCUUGUGAUUUGUGAGAUACCAUUUCCAAUGUUUAGUUUGUUAUAUCAGAAAUAUAUAACUCAGAAUAUUUUAGGAGACUUCAAGAAGGUGAUGUGUUUUUGAAAGUUUCACACAUUACAGAGUUGGAUUUGCAAAACAGAAGAUAAUACUGUGUGAAAAUGAUGUGUAAGUCAAUCACUUUCAAAAAAAUAUAUAUCUUUCUCUGAAAACACCACUUUACAGUACGCGUAGGAAUUAAGAGGCCUAUUUAUGCAGUGCUUACACAAGAUCUGCAACAUUCUCUGAAGAACAAAACUGUAAGCCACACAAAACAUAAUGUAAUUAUUAAUACUUAGUAUUUGUGUUGCAGGCACACUGAAAUGUCACAAAUUUUCUUAUAUAUGAAAGAUUUUCCUCUGGAAGUGAUUGAUGUAUAGCUAUAAUUAACCUACUAUUUAAAUACUGCAACUUGCACAAACUACUAAAUACAGAAAAGCUAUAUGGCAACAAAACUUCUCAACUUGUAUUUAUAUAAAUGGCAUAAUGUAGCUGCAGAAGUUUUGCUGAUUUAACCCUGAAUUACCUGCUCCCAUUCUCAAAUAGUGUUACAAAGCAGGUAUUUUGUUUUCCCUUGCAGCUUCAUAGCAUAUAACUAUUCUUUUAAUCUUUUGUUAGUAAUUUUUAUUUUCAUCCAUUUCUCUACAUAAAUUUUUACAGUUUCAAAUGAUAAAUACUGCUAACACAAUGUUAGCUUGUCUUUGAAUGUUUCACUACAUGUAAAGUUCUGUUUCUACAUGGUUAUUUUGUCAUAAAAUGUAUGUCCGUUUAAAAACUAAGAGUAUAGCUACAAUGCAACGGCACAAUAUUGUUUCAUAAAAAAUGUGUGUUCACAUUCACUGUCAGUAAUUAUGAAAUGCUCAUUCAUGUAACUUAACUGCUUCACCAUACAAAAAGUUCACAAAACUAUAGCAUUGCUACUUUCUUGUUUGUGCCAUUCUUGUAGCAUGAAAUAAUAUUUAUUUGUUGUAUUUAAUUCAGAAAUACAACCAAAUGAAUUUUAAGUCAGUCAGUGAGACACGUUUAUUUCAGUGUGUGUGUGUGUGUGUGUGUGUGUGUGUGUGUGUGUGUGUGUGUGAGAGAGAGAGAGAGAGAGAGAGAGAGAGAGAGAGAGAGAGAGAUAUCUAUCUGUGAUAGUGAGAUAAGAAAUUUUACAGAUGGCUCCAUGUUAACUGCAAUCAGAUGAAUUCUUUUAAUUUAUUGGUACUAGAAGUUUGUAACAUUUUCACUGUUCUUUUCUUUAAUUUCAACCUUUUCUGUACUAAUAAGAUCACUAAGUUAUUUGACAUGGUUAUUAAACGCUUUAUACAUAAAAUAACUAAGAAGGUGAAUGUGUGAGCAACUUUAGAUACUGAGUCUCCAACAGCAUCAGUGUUUUGAUUUGAUUCGCAACUGUUAAUGCCUGUGGUAUGAUUUUCGUAAGGACAGUAGGCAGCAGUCCUCCGCAAGACUUUUAGCUGGACAAAAGUUUUUAUUUGAUACCACACUAUAUACCUGACUUUGGACUUUAGUAAGUGCAUUCUGAGUUUGGCAAUAAAAUUCUUCUUGCAGUGAUUAAUAGAAGUCACUAUCAAAUUAGAAUUAAGGACAUACCAUUAACUCAAAUAUUACUGGCAUGACAAAUCAUUGUAAAGGGAAAAAACUCCUAGCAUUUGAAAUAACAGCUCCUGAAAAUAAACACAAGCUUUUAUUUAAGAAAUGACGAUUUGUAAACAAUGUAAAGUUGAUUUUAUGUAGAUAUUAACUGUAUAUCUUUUCAAUGUAUUAUUCAUUAGAUUGUACAGACACUGUUUCCUUACAGAGGCAGUAUGUGAUUUUAUAAACCAACAUGUAUGUAUUGUAAUCAAGUAUGUGUGAACAGUGUUGAAAUGAAGAAACUGAAAAUGUACAAAUCAUUGUAAUAAAUCUGUGUUUUAAACAUAAUGUUUUAAAACAUU